AUGGAAAAGGCGGAGCUCGAAGGCGGCACAAUGCACGCCGAAGAUCUCAAGCCUGUCGAGGGGGCUUAUGAUGAUGUUCUCAGCCCAGAAGAGGACAAAAGACUGCUUCACAAGAUUGAUAGAUGCUUGUUACCAGUGAUGGGGUUAUCAUACAUGUUCCAGUUCCUUGAUAAGACUGCACUUGGCAGCACGGCUAUUCUAGGUCUCCGGGAGGAUCUGCACCUCACCGGACAGGAAUACUCCUGGUCUAGCGGCAUAUACUACUUUGGAUACAUCGUGGCCUCGUACCCGGCGGCUAUUUUGAUGGUACGCUGGCAUGUGGGCAAAACCAUAUCCGCCUCAGUUUUGAUUUGGGGUGUUAUUCUUAUGCUUACAGCGGUCUGCACGAAUGCCGGCGGUCUGCUGACGGAGAGAUUCUUUCUUGGCUUCACUGAAGCCGCUAUUGGGCCUGGGCUGACCGUCGUUAUAUCCAUGUGGUACAAGCGGUCGGAGCAGCCCCUGCGUCACGCAGCUUGGUAUCUCGGGAACACAUUUGCUGGAAUUUUUGGCGGCCUGCUUGCUUAUGGCAUUGGCCACAUCAACAGCAUUUCCCCUUGGAAAGCCGUGUUCUUGAUCUUGGGCGGCAUCACAGUUGCCUGGUCAUUCGUUAUCUUCUUCUUCCUUCCUGAUACUCCAUCAAAGGCCUGGUUCCUAAGCAAGUUUGACCGUACGAAGGCUAUUAUUCGAGUUAAGGAGAACAUGACCGGUAUAAAGAACAACGAGUUCAAGUGGGCACAUUGUAUCGAGGCACUCUUGGAUAUAAAGAGCUGGUUUAUUGUCGGCAUGCAAAUCACCAAUAGCAUCCCUAACGGUGCUGUGACAACAUUUAGCGCCAUCAUUAUUCAGUCAUUUGGAUUCAGCACCUUUAAUACGCUGCUCCUUACAAGCAUUAAUUAUCUUCUCCAGCUGUUCCUCGUCCUAAUCGCCACUGGUGGAUCUUCGUACUUCCACAACACCCGGACGUACUGGAUGGCUGGUAACCUAGCUAUAGCUGUUGCAGGUGCCGCUAUGGUUCGCCAGCUUCCCUCAAGCAUGAAGUGGGCUCGCCUCGCGGGAAUCUGCAUGGCAGGAGGAUAUGCCGCCAACUUUCCAUUGAUUAUGUCUCUCAUGUCUGGCAACUUUGGCGGCUUUACCAAGAAGACGACCGUAAAUGCAAUGAGCUUUAUGGCCUAUUGCGCUGGCAACAUUAUUGGACCGCAGUUGUUUUUUGAACGGCAAGCCCCGACGUAUAACUCGGGAUUCCUUGCGCUCAUUAUAUGUCUUGCGGCUGGAUUUAUUCUAUGCUUUGCCCUCCGCUUCUAUCUCAUUUGGGAGAAUAGCCGUCGUGAUAAAACCACUAGCGCGGCGCAAGUAGAGGAAUUUAGUGAAGCACAGCCCGGAAUCAUGGUAAAUCUUAUGGAUAAGACCGAUAAGGAGAUUCCUCAGUUCCGAUACGUGUAUUAG